AUGUGCCACCGCAACCAACGCCGCCACUCACCGUCUCCAUCUUCACCACCUUACGGGGUCAGAUUUCGUGCUAAUCCGCGCGAUAGUCUUUCGCCCGUACGCCGCAGAAACCAUUCCAGCCCAGAAUCCAGUAGCCAUGUCGCCGACACGGACGAUGAGAUGCAUAACACACUUGAUUGCCGUCCGGUCGACGACCCUACCACCCUUACCACUUCAUCCAACCACCAACGCCCUCUUCUUAUGACUGUUAAGGCUCACAUUCGUAAUCCUAAGACGAAGAUCCUUGAAACGGUCAACGUCAUGCUGGAUUCAGGAGCCCAAAACAGCUUCAUAAGUAACGCAGCCACUAAGCGCCUAUCCCUUAAGCCCUACGACCACAAGCCGCUGACCGUCAUCGGAUUCGGAGAUGCCGCAAACAAACCAUUCCCCGUAACCCUACGAACUCAGGAAGUUCUAACUUCCCAGUUCAAACCAUAUCGUCUCAGUAAAGAAGACAAACACGCACUCCGCACAUUCCGCAUUAACCCAGACAGCCUUACCAUCAGUCGCCACGUUACGCCAGAUAUCUUGCUGGGUAUCGACUACUUCUGGGAGAACCAUCUAACCACAUUACCAUCUACACCACCUCGCUCUGAAGACGACAUCACCCGCCUAUGGGACCUCGACCGUUUAGGCAUAACCGAGGAUCCCGAUCCCUCUGUCGACAAGGAAGAGGACGCACGGAUCCUGAAACGUUUUCAGGAUACCGCCCAGGUGAUUGACGGCUACUUGCACGUUCAAUUUCCCUGGAAGUCAUGCCAUCCUCGCCUUGCCGACAACAAAAUGUUAGCCCUUAAGCGUCUUCAGAGCCAGUACCGUUCCUUCCAAACCAAACCAUCCCUAUGGAAAGCAUAUACCGCAACCUUUACCGACUACCUGGAGCAGGGCAUAAUAGAGGAGGUCGACGAGCACCAGUUCGACGACCACAGAGUCUAUUAUAUCCCGCAUCAGGCAGUCAUAAAGGAAACAUCGGCCACCACUAAAUUGAGAGUCGUGUUCGAUGCGUCCUCCCUCUACAGAGGCGCACCGAGCUUAAACGACUGUCUCCACUCUGGCCCCGCAAUCCUACCAGACAUGGUAGGAAUUCUUCUCCGUAGCCGCUUAACACCAUAUCUCCUUAUUGCCGACGUAGAGAAGGCUUUCCUUCAGAUUCGUCUACAACGUAAUCAACGGGAUGCCACUCGUUUCCUUUGGCUUCGCAACCCUAACCUACCACCAACUGCGUAUAAUCUUCGGACCUUCCGGUUUACCCGCGUACAAUUCGGUAUAACCGCAUCACCAUUCCUUUUAGCCGCAUCCAUACUGUAUUACCUCCAUCUUGAACCAUCGAAGCCACUCCAUAAGGAGAUCGAGCACAACAUCUACGUCGACAACAUCCUUCUUAGUGCCUCGUCCGAGCGACAAGCCAUUAAGAAGUACCGCUCUUCCAAAUCCCUAUUCAACUCCAUGCACAUGAACCUUCGAGAGUUCUUGUGCAACUCCAACACCGUUAAGCAGUCCAUCGAGCCAUCUGAUCGAGUCAGGAAUCCAUCUUCCGUGAAGCUCCUUGGUAUUUCCUGGAAUUCACGCACCGACACCCUUCUCAUACCACUUAAAACCGCAUCCGCGAAAGUGUACUCGAAGCGCACAGCGCUCAGUGCAUGUUCAUCCACCUUUGAUCCACUUGGUCUUCUCACACCAUUUUUAGUGCCCUUCAAGAAUCGAGUGAACGAGAUCCGCACCAUUUUAACCACUUUCCACAAGACAGACGUUCAGACGAAGUUCUACUAUGUGCAGUCAGACUCUAAUCCACUGACUGUGCAACUCGUGGACUUUCGACCGCUGACGCUGUCAACCACAUCUGCUCAUCCGUUCAACCGCGUAACCCGCAUCCGCAAUUACACCCUCAACCUAGCCACUGCUGUUCUGUCCAAGGACGUUUCAGCCUCGGAGAUCACCAACGCGGAAACUCUCCUCAUCAUGGAGCAUUACCGCGAGAGUGAAUCUACGUUGAAACGACUACCAUUGGAUAAGUACAACGCUCACCGCGCUGCAGAUGGAUUGAUCCGAUGUCCUAAUCGAUUAGACCAUGCUCGGACUUCGUCUCAGUCAUCUGCACCUAUCCUUCUUAUUCCGGAGCACCACUUUGUCCAUCUUCUCGUUAUGUACCACCACAAGACCAGAUUCCAUUCAGGUGUUCAUGCCACAAUAGCCGCUCUCCGCACAUCAUAUUUUAUCCCUUCCAUAAAAACCACCGUCACCAGGAUCCUUCGGCUCUGCACAGUAUGUAGAAGAGCCCAAGGACACGCUUACCGCUAUCCUGAGAUGCCUAGUCUCCCUCCGGAACGAGUCAACCGCUCUAGAUCGUUCCAGAAGGUUGGACUAGACUACUUAGGACCACUUUAUUAUAGAGAUCAGCUCCAUUCUCAGGCCAAGAUUUGGAUCUGUCUCUUCACCUGUAUGGCAACCCGCGCUGUACAUCUCGAGUUAGUCCACAACAACACCGCAUUCGAGUUUUUACUCGCCUUUCGCCGUUUCAUUGCUCGCAGAGGCACUCCGGACCUCAUUAUCAGCGACAAUGCCACCACUUUCCGCUCAGCCAACGAUUCCCUACAAAGCACCAUCUAUAACCGCAAAGCCAAAGAAAAGAUAUCCACUCAACUCGCCAACCGCAAGAUCAAAUGGAGGUUCAUCACUCCUCUUUCCCCAUGGAAAGGAGGAUUUUAUGAACGUCUAGUCGGUCUCCUCAAAUCCGCAUUCAAGAAAGCCAUCAAACAUACCCUAUUACCACUUUCCCAUUUAGAUUUCGUCUCACCGCAAGUGGAACUCCAAUUACCAUCUCCACACCACAACCCUCUCUACAUCCCUCCAAACCGUCUUUCCGAAUGGUAUAAGGAGACACUCGCCGUAUUGAACAACUUCUGGGACAUUUGGUACGAAGACUACUUAUCCGCAAUAUCCGCACGUCACCAACACCGUAUCCAUCAAGGAAGAUCAAGUCCACUCAUUCCAUCGGUAGGAGACGUUGUUCUCAUUGCCGAUAAGAAUGUUCCACGUGGACAAUGGCCUUUAGCCAUCAUAACCACUAUCCACCGCACCGAAUCCAACAUACCCAGAUCAGCCGCUGUCCGCAUUGCAAACGGUCAUGAGUUGCAGAGAACGAUCAAUCAACUACAUCCAUUGGAGAUUUCUGCAAAGGAAGACCCACGACCGAAGAAGAGCCGCCAACAACUGCAACCCACACGAAUCCAACCACCACGAGCAGCCAAACGGGUACGAUUUGCACUUGGUACGAAGCGAGCGUGA